AUGGCUUGUGACAAUAUAAAUUCAUUUGGUUUUAAUGAAAUAAAUGAAGUUCGUGAUGAAUUAAAUUUAAUGUUAAAAAUUUCAAAUGAAAUUGAAAAUAUUCAUUGUUCAUUACUCGUAUCUCUUCCACAUCAUAUGAAUUUACAAGAUAAUUUAAAUAAUUUAAAUGAUAAAUCAUCUCAAUUAAGAUCAAUAUCUUUAAGAAUUCGAAAUUUAUUAUAUCAAAUAAAAUGUAAAGAAAAAUAUUUUAAAGGAAUUCAAUAUGAAAUAAAUAAAAAUCAAUUAAAAUAUUUACGUGAUCAAUAUCAUAAUUUAUUAAUAAAAAUAAAUGAAAAUGAUGAAAAAUAUCGUUUAUUAUCUAAACAACGUCUUGAUCGACAAUUACAUUUAUUAGGUCGACAAGCAAGUAAUGAUCAAUUAAAUGAAUUUAUUAUUGUACCUGAUAUUAUGAUUAAUAAUUCCGAACAAGAACAAUUAUUAUAUAAUCAAUCAAAACAAAUUGAUCAUUUAGAAAAUACUUUAUUACAAUUAAAAGAUUUAUUUAAUGAUUUUAAUUAUUUUGUUGAAUAUCAAAGUGAAAUUAUAAAUUCAAUUGAUGAGAAAAUUCUUCAGACAGAUAUUAAAAUUGAACAACAAAUAGACAAAUUAUCUUCAACAACAAAAAAUAAAUCUUUAUUAUCAUUUAUUAUUAUUAGAAUUUUAUUUCUUAUUUUUAUUAUUAUUUUCAUUUUAUUAAUAAUUAUUAUUUCGAGAAAUAUUUUUAUAAAACAAUAUUCUUCGAUAUAA